GGCCUAGUGUGUUACAUUGUAAGCGAUUUUUUAUAAGGUACAUAUAUUCCACAGCAAGCUGCAUUAGGUUGUUCAGGUAAUAAGUUUAUUUCACAAAGUUUAUUUCACUUAUCGUACUGUAUUCAACGAUGCUCGAACGUACAAGUGUUUACAUCGUGAAAUUGAAGACUACUUUGUAGUCUUUGUAUCGCAGCCAAUUAUACAUCUGUUACAAAAAUAACUACCAAUCAGAACGCUCGACUAGAUGACAUAGCGUCCAAAUGCCCGCCCCCUUAUUUGAACGCUUCGAAUAACAACAACGGAGCUGAUCAAAACAUUCGUGCGGCAUUGCCCACAUACAAGUGAGUACUAUAUGCGAACGGUAUAGUUGAGCUCAGAUUACUGUUAAGAAAAGAGGUUUACGUUCACUAUAACUGCAGAGAUUUGAGGCACUUUUAACACAAUGCCUGCAUUUCGUGAAGACGAGUCGCAAAUAACGAUUUUGAAUCGAUUGCCCAGAGCCGGCUACGGCGGAUGUUUUGGACAGAGGAGUCUUGCGACCGGCGAACGGGUUUGGGGACUGCUCUCGGAGCAAAUAAACAACCAAAGAGACAGAGACGUUGUCCACAGUCAUUUAGAGAAUGAGGAUCAUGGCUUCCUGCGAGUUGGCCAGGCCGUUAGCGUGAAUUUCGGUCGCCGGCUUACGAGCGGCAAUGUCGUGCGUAAAAUACCGUGCAGUCACAAUGUGGAACUUUGUUUACAGGAUGGAGUUAGAAUUGUUGUUGAUCAACCUGAUGUGCAAAUCCCGCAGAAUGCAGAAGGAUGCAGCAGUACAGCGCUAAAGAUGAAUGGAAGUGCAAACCUCGAUUCGUUUAAGCGAACUGCGCCACUUGUUAUUAAUAUACCGAACGAUACGUAUGUAAAAUUACCCUAAUAGUAUUCCAUAGAACAUAUCGCUAACAAUUCCAUAGAAUCUUUUGAACUAUUCCAUACACAAUUUCCAACUAUUCCAUACAACAUUUGCAACAAUUCCAUACAUAUAUAGAACGUUUACAAAAUCAUUCCUUAGAACAUUUUGCAGCAUUCCAUAGAACACUUUCAUCCAUUCCAUAGAACUUUUUUAACCAUUCCAUGGAAUAGUGACAAUGUGCUUUAGAACAUUUUCAUCUAUAAUGUGCGGAGCUGUUGAAGCAUAGCAGUAUAAAACCUUAGAUUAGGGUUAGACCCAUAAAUCCGAAAAUAAUGUGGCUCUGAAGCAUAUUUAUUAUAGGCUAUGGUGGCCUAAAGGGGAGUAUUAAAGGCCGAACCCACGUAAGUUGACGUGAUCGACCGGAACUUUAGUUUUCCCGUUUGGUGGGAUUUGCCCAUGUUUUGGGUGAAAAUUAAACGAUUACAGAGUUUCUUUAUUGUUUAAUACAUCACGUUGUAGAGUAAGACCGCAAAACACCCGAAUUGUACAGUAUAAAUUCUGCAUGGCAAAAUUGACGGCAAGUGUCUCGCCUGUACUCAGCAAAUUGUUUACACUGAGUUUCGACUUCAAUCCUAAACAGAUUAAGCCUUAUUGUAAACGCGUCUUUUUGCAGAGAUCUUGAAAGCCAAAACUCUGAUGAUGCCGAGGAACAAAUGGCUGCUGCCGUUCUUACAUCCCUCUCUCUAUCACCUGUUUUAAAGAAUAUUCAACUCGGACAAGGUAGUGUUGACUCUAUGUGCAUCUUCGCAUGCGCAACCUCACGUUAGGGUAUUUAUAUAAUAAUACAAGCAUUAUUUCGGCUUAUUUUAUUUAGUCCACGACUAUACAUCCUCCCUAACGGCAGAUGUAGUUAAAAAUAAAUUAACCUGCUUUCCACCAGUUGUUGUAGAUGUUUACUGAAAACAAGCCUGCUGCACGCAUAUAUGUAUGCAGUUAAAUUAGCCAUUAGUUAAUCGCCGGCAAUUUUGGGAACAUAUAAAUACUAUAUACAAGAAUAUAAUGAUUAUCUUUUGAUCGUAAAAAAAAUGGCAAGAAAGACACAGCACUCAUUCUUAAAAUAUCUCGAAUGCGGCACACGGCAAUUUUGUAGUCAUGCAAUUUUAAUAUAGCAAGCUGCAUAUUUUUGUAGUGGCAAUUAACCGUCCCUGUUUAGCCAUAUAUAAUGAUAAUACCAUAUUAUCAAGAAAUAUUAUUUAAGUUUUGGGUUAUAUAGUUGAUUUUGAACAAGUUUUAAAACUGCGUGUUCAUGUGAACUAUGGAAUUUAUAUUCAUUGUCAUGGGUCAUGGACGCCUCGCAUUUGCCGGCAAUGCCAAUAGUUUCUAAUUUGGUACAGUACGCGCAUAUACAUUCAAUCAAAAUUUUAUACACUGUUUUUGAAACUAUAUAUUGCGCAGUUGUUGCAAACAUUACAUAAAAGCAGGCAUACAUAACUGCAUUGCUCAAAAGCCGAUAUAUAUUUUAGGGAAUAUAUUGUCCACUUGCGCAUACUGCAAUACCGGCUUUCUUAAUCUUACUUAUUACAUUCUACGAUACGAACGUUAAAAGUUCUGAUGCAUGUUCUAAUGGCUAAUUUGAGACAAAAAGACUCCUUGCUAAAGUUUCGUCCAUUUGCCUAUAUGUCCUUCAUGGCUUGACAAAUAUAAGUAACAAAAUAAUGUCAUAUAUAAUGCAUGAUUUAGUUUUUUAUUAAGAACGACAUAAUAUAACCCAUAUCAUGUGUAAUCGGACAGAGACAAGCAUUAUAAUAUAUCAAAGCCUAAGAAUUCAUGUCCUACUGCACGUCAGCAUGUAUAGAAAACGGCCAGCGAGUACGAAUGGAAUGCUGGGAAGUUUCACAAGGGGCUGUUUAUGUGAGCCGGGUUUGGAUUCGUCGCCAUUAUGCCUAAUUAUUUAAUUAAGACUUACGUAAAACAUAGAAGAGUAACUUUCAACUUGUCUGAAAUUUAUUCAAAUCUCUUGUCAAGAAAGAUUUGUCGGUUUGGACGGCCUCUGCUCUUAAAAUAUGCGCUGAAGUUUCAAAACCUUCUUGAUAAGACCUGUCGGCAGUGUCGUAGUUUUUUUAGUGUCUCACUUGCCUGUCAUAAUUCUGUAUAGAGAAAAUGAGGAACCGGCGACAUUUGAAGUCAAUGCAUGCAUGCCAUUUGGCUUUGUCGCAGAAUAAAGAGCGAAGCAGAAAAGAAUGCUUUUAUAUCAAAGACAAAGUUACCCAACAGGCUAUAUUAUACGAAGUACAUUUGUCUUCGAUAUAGAUUCGGCUGUUAAGUGAGCAAGGAAAAAUUCAUGCUUUUAUGCAGUAAAAUCUGUUUGCUUUUCACUUAUUUUACUAACAAUACGGUAAAUAAAUGCACUAAAAGUAAAGAUUUGCCUGGCGUUUUUUCAAGUCACAUGCGUGAAAAUAGCGACCUCAGUCUGGCAAUUUCAUGCAUGAUAUUGAAGAACUGAACAAAUAUACGUUCAACCUGAACAUCAAAAAAUUAAUAUUUCAAGAUAUUGCAUGGGGCUGGUUGUCCAGACUUCAGAUCCUGGGUUAAAAUUCAACCUGCUGUCUGCUGAGUGCUGGUUUGGUUUCAUUUCAGCAUGUACCGGCGUUUACUUCAAAACUCUGUUGACGCAGACAAGAUUGCAGAGAGGUGUCUCCAUGUUUAUAAACAAGUUGUUAGGAUUAUUAUAACUAGCUAACCGGCUUUCGAAUUAAUUCGAAUAACCGGUGUGUAGCUGACACAAUAUGAAAAUAUAUUACAAGAUGUUCGACGGAUAUUUUACAAGAUGUUCGAAUGCCACUUGUCUGCAAGUUGUCAUGCAUGCAUUGGCUUUCACUUCCAGACGAAGGCUUUUAUAUAUACCUUCAAUUUCUUGUUGUACUUUAAUUUUCAAGCAGAUUUUGCAGCAAACAACUAAUAUACAACCCAGUGUUCAAUAUAUAGCCAUGCAUCUACCAUUUUCCAAACAAAACCGGCCAGUAUAUACUGCAUGGCCGCGUACUGAUUGCAAGCCCUGUAUGGCAUUUUGCCACAUUAUAAUUUGAAUACUUUCCCCCUCAUUCUUCCAAAACCAAAACGCAACUCUUACCAAUCUGUUGCACUGCAGAGAAAGUUAUUAGUUAAAAUAUAAUGCAGUUUUCUGUAUAAUUAUAUACAGUACAGACAAUACAGUAUAAUUUUCUGCUUGCGUGCUUUUCAUCCUAUAAUAUACUGUAGUUUAUAAACUAUAAUUUGUCAAUUAAAAAAUUUCUUUCAACUUCGUAUAAGAUCUUUGUUGAGGUAUAUUUAAUAAAAUUAAUUGCUAUUUUAUUCCAGCAUAUAAUGUAUGAUUUGUUACUUGAAAUUCCUUUCAACUUCCUAAUAUACAGCCAAUACAAAAAGGUUGUCCUUUGCAGACCUUAAACUCUAAACCUUACGGACCGGUCAUUAUUUAUGGUGGGGGGUGGCACCGAAGAGAAAUGUUUUUCGUGGCAAAAAUUUUGCUGACCCAACCAUUAAAAAGUAAAAAAAAACCCCGAUUAUCCAAUCUCAAAUAUCAAUUAAAAAAUUAAUACCCACCCCUGGCCAAAAAAUUUACAAAAGGUACCAUUUAGUUGUCACAUAUGUCCUUUACCACUUCUGUGACAUAAGUUUGAUAACAGAUUGUGAAAUUUUCUGCAGUCUAAAGUUUCAUGUUGUCUGCACAUGUACUUUCUUUGGAGAUCCCAUCGGAAAUUGAUCAAGAUAGUGACUCUGAUUGAUUCUCUGAUUGAAUUGUUCUCGUAAGGGACCGGUCAUAAAGUAUUUACUAGGGGGUGUGGAGGAUAUAUAUAUAUAUAUAUUUUUUUUUUUGGGGGGGGGGGUACGAAAAAAACAACAGAACCUCUACGGGGGUCAAAAUCUUAAUACUAUAGGUACGGAAAAAAUUACAUUUUAUAAUUAUUGUUGAAUAUUGAAUGUAUUUGUACCCUGAUUUAAGUCUGGAAAAAUUGUUUUACUAUAAUUAUUAUUAAAUCAACACAAAGUAUAUAUGUUUCAGUCUGACUCAAUGUCAGAUGAUAAGUAGGAUUCAGUAUCCAUGGAACUUUUGGAGUACAAAUCUGAUACAUCUGAAUUGUCAAUGACAAUGCUAGCAAGCUAACACCAUUAGAACCUGUUAAUGUUUGAAGGGGGUGGGGGUAUGCAAAUUUUCACUUACAUUGAAGGGGGGUUACGAAAAUUUUUCCAUAGGUUUUUGGGAGGGUAUGGAAAUAUGUACUUGAAAUUUCAUUUAUCCUCCACCCCCCUCUAGUAAUUACUUUAUGACCGGUCCCUAAGGAGAUAUUUACCAUGUCUCUAAGACAGGGGCCCCAUAUAUGAUUUCUAAACUGAUUAAAUGAUGCUCCCAUUAUGCUUUGCACGCUUAGAGUUUAAGGUUUAGAGUUUAAUGUUUGUAAAGGACAAUCUUUUUUGAAUUAGCUGACAUUGUUGAGGUAUAUUGAUUAAAUGAAUUGGUAUACCUUACAAUUAGUGAUAUUGAAAGGUGGGACACUCGGAUCGAAAGGUUAUAUUUGUAAAUAAUCGUGCAAAUUAAUGUGUCUAAAAUCCCUCUACCCCGUUUCAAUGAAGAGUUAUCAACAAAACGUAUAGAACACAAAACCACUUCAGAUAAAAUGUCAAUUUUGGUCCUAACAUUGAACGCGUUCCGCAAAGUUUGUUACUGAUUAGCCUGCGAACAGGCUCUCUUUGAACUCUCUUUGUAGCAAUGUAGCUCAGAGAGUAACUGUAUUUUUCACUACUAUAUAGAAACAUGAGAUUUACUCCACUGGAAUGGGAUUAUGAUACCUACUUGUUUCAUUCAUUCUAUACAAGCUUCUAAAGUUCUAAUCGAGUUCUAAUAACUAAUUAAUUUCUUGUUAAAGUCCUUCAUGGCUUUAGAGUUUAGACCACCGGGAAUGGUAUUUUCAACUGGAAUUUUGCUCCUGGAACUAUUGGAUUCGGCAAAUCAGUGACUGGGUCGGGUGACGGACAUACUAGCUUUUGAACCAGUGCACUUGUUAUUGAAAACAAUUGGCAAAAGUACAAAUUUUGUUCGUCUGUAUGGGUCAACAAAAAAAUAUGACAAAGUAAUUUGAGCACUUGGAUUUUAAAACUUGCCCAAGAUUAUAAGCGAUUGGGGAAGUUUUUAAUAUUUGAAAUUUCUGUCACUUUUUACGAUUCACUGAGGCCCUGUUUACACUAUACCAGAUUCGCUCGUCACGACAUCUUCUUUUGCCGUUAAGGAGCAAUGGUUAGUAGCAAAUGCUUAUUAGUUUGACAGAAUUGGCAUGUUUAUUUGGGUCUCUGAGAUUAAAAAUCUUCACAGCCUUUCGAUACCGACAAAAUUUGACCCACUCCGAUAGCAAUCCGAUAUAGUGUAAACGGGGCCUGAGAGAAAUAUAUAUUGCAUUAAAGGCAUGUGACAUGCACAUAUCAAAAUGUUCCUCACAGUCAACUGUAACGAAUGUAUAACAUGCAACAGAAAAUUCCCUAUAUAUAUGAUUAACACACGUGCAAUUGACAAAUAAAACUUGCCAUUUGAAAACUUGCUCAUCUCUAUAUUGCAACCGGUUUAAACUUGUUCGUCCCCAACCAGUCAAUAUCGUACUUUCUGGCAUGCAAACAAGCGUAAGUCGUCGCGGAAAUAUGCGCUGCAAGUAUGUAAAUAAAGAUGACUUGAUUAAAAAAAACAAGACUUGCCGCCUGAUCACACGCUGACGCAAUUCAGAGUGAGAUCGAAAGAUAACUUGCAGCCUUGGCUGUAUGUGGUUGAUAUGCAUCAUCCAUACACAUCGAAGCUUGAAAACUGUAUUUUUCGCUACAAAUAGUUUAAUAUACACUGGCGUCUAACAUUGAAAAUCAAAUCUCAGCCUGCCAGGUCAUCAGGUCAUGCAAGACUGCAGACAUGCAACUGUCAACUAUAUGUUGACCCCUAUAUUACUCUAUGAUUUCCUCGCGUUUCCCCUUUGCUGUACGUUUACACAUGCAGAAACAAUUUAUUCUGGGCAUCUGAAAGUGGUAUUAAAUUCAGGCCUCCGAGACUAUACUCUUAGCUAAUGUUCGUUUUUUUCUGCGAUACAGCGAAUUUCAUUGACAUCAUUAACGUUGUGCUGACAGCCUCGUAUCUUGAACUAUCUUCAAAUUUCCUUUGAAAAAUGCUUAGUGUGCAUAUGCUGAUCGCAGUCCGCAAUAUACGAAUCCAAAAACGCAGCAAUAUUAACAUAAACUAGUUCAAGUAAACCAUGGAUUUUUUGGGCCAAGAAUUAAUAUCAUGCUUCUGUUCGGAAGAUAUCUGAAUACUGAAUUAUUAAAAAUUGUAACACUGCACCGUCCUCCAAGUAAAUAAGCAAGCAAACGAGAAUGAAUGGGAGUUGAUAAGAGUUGGCAGUCCCGAAUUGUUAUAUAUGGGGGACAUUUCAAGCUCUAAAUUAACAAAAGAAAAGUUUGAUGAGUGUUCCAACUUAAAUGGAAUACAUGAUAGCGUUGGGAGCAAGGUCGCGUGACUGCACGCCAACUCUCAUGAUGGCCAUGCACUAUCAUCCUCAGUUGAUCCGGGCUUUUAAUUAAUAACAAACUUCGACAACAUUUCGGACAAAUAUGUAGAAUUCAAUAUGGUAUUUGGUGGCUUAAAUAAGAUAAAAAUUUUAUUAACGUAGCCAAACAUGUCUCUAUAAUAAUACCAUUGCAUAAUAAGUUAUCUAUUGGAUCUCUGGCUAUAUAGUACGAAAUCAAGAAUACAUUUCUUAUAUUCUUCUGAAUUUGAGCGAAAUGUAACAAUUAUAGCUGCAGCUUUUCAUUUUGUCCCAAGUGUAAUUUAAUGAGUUAUGUACAUUGUAUUUUUCACAUUUCGUUUUACGCUUUUUUAUUUCAAACAAAUGUGUUUGUCUUGCAUAUAGACAUGUCGCAUCUAUUAAUAUACCGCCUUUAUGCUUGCCUCCUGACACAUCUCGUGACUUCAAAGUAGGCGUGUUUGUUGAUUCACGAAAAACAAUAUGUGAUAAUGUGAUUAAACCGGUUUAAAUAACAAGGAGUUUUCGUCGUCAACAAGAACAAAUUAAAGAUCGAGCGACAAAACUGACCACCCCAAUAGACUUAUUCGAGAAAUGGUUGUCAUUCUUUUUCCUCCCCAAAUUAAUUUCGACCAAGGUAAUCACUGCCGCCUUAUAGAGUACUUCAAGACUAACAUUUUCAAAGAAUAUAAAUAUUUCCAUGUAUUGUGUUUGAGAUAUUAAAUCUUAAAAAUAAAGGGCUCAAUACUUUAUAGUAGAGCUAAAUUUAUUUAAUUAUUUAUGAAAUAAAGUACAAAACAAAAUUUAACGGUUAAUAUAUAUAUAUAUAUAUAUAUAUAUAUAUAUAUAUAUAUAUAUAUAUAUAUAUAUAUAUAUAUAUAUAUAUAUAUAUAUAUAUAUAUAUAUAUAUAUAUAUAUAUAUAAAAUAUAUAUAUUAAACUUAUACACUUUGCCUUAAAUAGAAGUCUCUGUUGAAGAAUUGUUUAUUAGCCUAGUAAUGCAUAAAAUAUAAUAAAAUUCAAAAUUGUGGCGACUAGUUUUCAAAUCGGUCAAUGGGAAGAUAAUUUCUCCGACUCCAAGUCUAAUAGCUAUGUUCCAGAUGGCUUAUUAGUGGUUGAUAGAUCAAUAGAAGAUAAAUAGACGAACAUAGCCUACAUCCCCUAAACAGACGCGUGGAAAUCAAAUCAAUUUUAUAAUGAAUGAAAAAAAAAUACAGAACUAUUUAACAGUUAUUCUACGGAACUCGAGUCGAAUAUGAGCUGAUAGCGAUGAGGCGCGUAGCGCCGAAUCAGCUAUCGCUCAUAUUCGACAAGAGUGACUGGAAUAACUGUUUUAUUCUGAUAUACACAACGCCUGAAUUCACAGACAGUUUGCUUUUCGGAUAUUUUCGAUAUUUUUCUAUUUUGUUUAUAUCUUCGCUCUUUCCGGCGGCCGAUUAUUUAUCUACGCGAUUAGCCAAUGACAUACAUGCCUACCAAAUCAGUGAAAUUUCGCUCGAAAUACCUUUCAGCGUUUUGAAAUUCAUAUACGACUACAAUUUUUUCAGAUGAAAUAUUCGAAGAUGUCAUGAAUACCGAGUAUGUCAGUGACGAAGCGAUAUCUCCUACAGCACUUUCAGAUCAAGAAAACAACAGAAAAUCUAAACUACGACGACGAAAG